AUGUAUCUUGAAGGAGCUUCGUGGAACCUUGAAGGCAUGUCUCUGAAGGAGCCGGAGCCUAUGCAACUGACGUACGAAAUGCCCAUUGUGCACUUCAAGCCGGUUGUACGCAGGCGCCCCUCUUCUGAUGCGCUUUACAUGUGCCCCAUUUACCAGUACCCUUGCCGCUCAGGGGACGGUGAGAGGCCAUCCCUAGUUACAAUGCAAGAAAUACGCAGCGGCUCUCAGGACCCUUCCUUCUGGAUCAAGCUAGGCACCGCAAUCUUGCUAUCUACCGCCUUGUAG